UUUUUAUAGAGAGUACUUGAGAUUUUAAAAUGCUCUGUAAGUUUAAAGAAAUGGGUUUGGGAAGUUAAAAUGGUCAGUGUUUUGAGAGCUAGGGGUUAGGUGUAGCCAGCACACCCAUGAGGUUCCUGCAGAAUGAAUCUGUGUAUGUGCACUGCAGAUGGAGGACAGACUUGUGCCUGUGCAACCAACCAGAAUUCAAAACAAGAGGAGCUUUUAAGUGGAAUCUCAGAGAGUUUAAUUCUGUGUGUUACAGUUAUAUUUUUUUUUUAAUCUCAUUUGCAAAGCAGCUCAAAUACUAUGGUAUUUGAAUUUUAAAGCUAUAAAUUAUGUUAAAGGCUUUUUUAUGAAUCUACUUUGCAUAACUACUUGCUUGUCCCUUCAUCUUGUAAAGAAACUAGAGAGGAUGUUUUUUAAGUCUAUGAUUACUUAAAGCUAAGGGAGAAAAUUUCUGAAGGAGAGCAAAGAGCUGUCCAUGGAGCUGGCCACAUUCCCACCAACAGCAGCCUAGGGCAAAACCACAGCUCUGCCUGACUGUCCACAAUUUCUCAGAGAGAUGGAUUUUUACUUUUCCCCUAAGUGCUCUAGUCAUUAAAGAUUCUCUCUUCACAUACCUCUCCUGUUUUUUGGGAUGCAUUGCUGCUUCUGACCUCUUACCUGUAUUCCCUCCUGUGCGGCCCAAGAUCCUGCAGGGUUUGCGCUACACGUUCUCUGUGGACUGGUGGUCGUUUGGGGUGCUGCUGUAUGAAAUGCUGAUUGGCCAGUCCCCUUUCCAUGGGGAUGAUGAAGAUGAACUGUUUGAGUCGAUCCGAGUGGACACCCCUCACUACCCACGCUGGAUUACCAAGGAAUCAAAGGAUAUAUUAGAAAAGCUCUUUGAAAGGGAUCCAGCAAAACGACUUGGGGUCACUGGGAAUAUCAGAGACCAUCCUUUCUUCAAAACAAUUAACUGGACAGCGCUAGAGAAGAGGGAGGUGGACCCUCCCUUCAGGCCAAAAGUGGUGCACUGUACUCCUUUGACUGCUCUGAGAUCUUCCUGUGAAGACUGUCUUCCCAGUGCUCUCGAGGAGCUUCUUUAGGAAUAGAAUGUUCAGGAAAACCAACAGAAAGCU